GAGGGAGCGGAGCCAAUGGCUGGGAGGGGGCGGGGCUUGAGCCACACGGCGUUUGACAGUCCGAGCGGGGCCGCAGAGGAGCGGAGCAGCGCGAUGGGGCCGGGCCGGGGACUGGGACCGGGACCGGGACCGGGACUGGGACUGGGACUGGGACUGGGGCUGGGGGUCCUCGUCGGGGCGGCGAGCGCAUUCCACUCCCUGCGCUACUUCGAUGUUGCCAUGUCAGAGCCCAGCCCGGGGGUGCCCCAGUUUGUCAUUGUGGGGUACGUGGACGGGAACCUCAUUGUACGCUACGACAGUGAGACGGGGAAGAUGGUGCCCCGGGCAGACUGGAUGGCGGACAACCUGGACCAGCAGUACUGGGACACCCAGACCCAGAUAGGACAGAGCAAUCAGCAGAUUGACCGCAUUAGCCUGAACACACUGCGGGACCGCUACAACCAGAGCAGGGGGGCUCACACGCUGCAGCACAUGCACGGCUGUGACAUCCUGGAGGAUGGCAGCACCAGGGGGUAUUGGCAGUACGGCUACGACGGGAGGGAUUUCAUCGCCUUCGACUUGGACACGAUGACAUACACCGCGGCAGACACGGCGGCGCAAAUCACCAAGAGAAAGUGGGAGAAGGACGGGACUGUCGCUGAGCAGUGGAAGCACUACCUGAAGAACACCUGCAUCGAGUGGCUGAGGAAAUACGUGAGCUACGGGCAGGCCGUGCUGGAGAGGAAAGAGCCCCCCAUGGUCCGAGUGUCAGGGAAGGAGGCCCACGGGAUCCUGACCUUGUACUGCCGCACUUACGGCUUCUACCCGCGGCCCAUCACCGUCAGCUGGCUGAAGGAUGGCGAGGUGAGGGACCAGGAGACCGAGUGGGGCAGCAUCGCGCCCAACAGCGAUGGCACCUACUACACCUGGGCCUCCAUCGAGGCCCUUCCAGAGGAGAAGGACAAGUACCGGUGCCGCGUGGAGCACGCCAGCCUGCCCAAGCCCGGCCUCUUCAUGUGGGAGACGGAGUCCAAGCUGGUCACCAUCAUCCUGGCGGUGGCUGUUGCCAUCCUGCUUGUGAUCGCCAUCAUGGCCGGAUUCGCCUUCUGGAAGUACAAAUCAGGGAGGAAGAAGGAGGGUUAUGAUCUGGCGGAAGGUGAGUACCGGCAGCAGGUCCGGCUCCAGCCGCUGCCCAGUGCUGGGGCGGUCUUGUGGCUCAGGUUUCUGGCCGCUGCCAGCAUUUCCCGAUCCCCCAUCCUCCCUGUGCUGCCCCUCUUUAAAUCCCCGUAGCGGGGACGUAUGGAGGAGAUCGUGUCUCCUCUCUGGUGCUCACGGCUCCAUCCUGCUCUCCCAGUGGCUGCAGAGCGGCCGUGGCUCCCGGGCCGGCUCCUGGCACGUGCGCCGUGCCCGUAGCGAGGACGGGGCUGGCAGCUCACGGCUGUUUCUCUC